AUGAUGCAGUCAGUGACAAGUACGAAUGAUAGUGAAUGUACGAGCACGAAGCUUAAGUCGACUAUAAGCCGCUUGAAAGGUGUUGAUUCACCGGAGAGUAGUGGCUCAUCGGUUGUGCGUAGCAGCUCACCGCAUAAGGUGACGCUAAACGAUGCGGUACGCUUGAGCCCAGCUAGUACAAGGCACAAGACAAGCUUUGCACCGAGUGAGUCUGGAAGUGCAGUGUACCGAACAAUCUCAACAGAUUCCACUAAACUCAACUAUGCACAAUCGAUCCUCGACCAUUCCGGGCGAAAAUCCAGUAACACUUCAACAACAAGCACAACAAGUGUUUCCGUUCCAAAUCGUAUAAUCAACGUGAGUUAUGCCUACUAUGAUCACAAGCAUCUUUUUUUGGUCGGAGGAGCGAACCCCGUCGGGUAG